AGGAAAAAGGUAUCGACGAGUCGGAAGAAUCAGAUCAAGAGCUUGAUGCUCCAGAUCAGUCAGACGAUCCUGGAGGAGGAGGCGCGGGAGGCCAAGCGAGAGAAGAUAAGACACAUGGAGGAGAACUGUCCCUCCGUCUCCAUCCCAGGAACCAUGCCGGAUCUCCAGAUUGACGACCUGAGGAUGAAGGUUCAGGAUCUGAAGGGGAAGUUUAAGAAGCCGGCCCUGAAGAGGGUGCGGAUGUCGGCCGAUGACAUGCUGGCCGCUCUGCUAGGCUCCAAACACAAAGUGUCCAUGGACCUGAGAGCCAACCUGAAGCAGGUCAAGAAGGAGGUGAAAGAGGAGGAGAAGCAAACAGGAGAUUGGAGGAAGAACAUCGAAGACAAGGCCGGGAUGGACGGCAGAAAGAAAAUGUUCGAAGGAGAGGUUUAAACCCUAGUGUGUUGUUU